GCCUGUUUUCAGACGCAGGCACAUACCAAAGAAGAUGGCGGCGGUGGGUUCUGCCAAAUCCACUAGUUUGCGGCAGGCAUACAAAACCAGGCCUGGUGCUCCUUCCGUUCCUCUGACUCUGGAGGAAGCUCGGUGUCCCGUGUGCUCAGAGAUACUGCUGGAGCCUGUAACGAUGCCAUGUGGACACUCGGUGUGCCUGCAUUGCUUCCAGCGGACGGUGAAGUUGAUCAGUUUAUGCUGUCCGCUGUGCCGGCUGCGAGUGUCCAGCUGGGCCCGUAAACAGUCCCGGGAGAAGAGCCUGGUCAACACCGAGCUCUGGGAGCUGGUUCGGCUCAGUCACCCGGAGAGAUGUAAGCGUAGGAUGGAGCAAAGAGAUGGCGAGACCGCGGACGAUGAAAUUUUUCGUGCACCUGUACCCAUUCAUAAGUCUGGAGUAAUGUGUCAAGAGUGUGAUAAACUAAAAAUCAAGGGUGGUGCCAGUGAAGAUACUGAGGAGAGAAAGAAAAAACUCCCUCUUCACAGAAUGGAUGAUUGUGGGAUGCUGAAGCAUUGUCAAUAUCCUUUCUGUGGAGUCUCCGAUGCUGAGAAUGAAGAGCCCAUUGGAAAGAGGACCAGACAUGUUUCAGCAUUUGUACGAAAAACAAGUUGCCUUCAUAGCAGUGCAGUUCAGAGGAGCAGGAGCUGUACUGACUCUGAGGAUGGCAGAGGGAAAAACAGAGGUCAUGCACAUCCCACUGUUCCUGAAAAGGCUAACAUCACUCAUAGUUACAACGCUGGAAUUCUUCUCUCUUCUGAGAACAGUAGGUCUUUCUCAGCACCGGUAUUCAGCCUAGAUAAGAGGCACCACUGGCGGGGUGUCCACACCUCCUCUGCUACACUCGGGCUUCAGACUAAACCAGAGAGGUCCAUUAGCCCCGAGAGCAACGAUAGCAUAUCAGAAGAACUAAACCAUUUUAAGCCAAUCGUCUGCUCGCCAUGCACUCCACCCAAAAGGUUGCCCGAUGGGCAACUUUUGGAACCCACAAUUGUGAAGUCAACACCUAGGAACUUGGCACGCAGUCUACACAAGUCGACAAGCUACGAGGCCAGCCCCACCAUCUUGCAGAAGUGGAAGCAAAUUGAAGUGGAUCGUCAGUGCAUCAAAGUGACCUCUAAAGGAACCAUCACAAGUCCGAUCGCAGAAGAUUGUCUUAAACUGAGAACUGUUAAAGAGAGGGACAUUCAACACUGCAACUGUGUUGUAGCCAAGGACGUCUUGCAUGAUCAUCAUUGCAUGUGCCAUGCAAGCACCGAACAGUCUAAAAAUCGUAAAGAAAAGCCUGUACUCUGGAAUAAGCGACGGCUUGUUUUUGAUCAGUGUAACAAAGAGGAAGGUACACAACCAGCUGGUGCUCUCACCAAAUCGACAACACAAACUAUUGCUGAUACGUCAACCCCAAAUUGGGACAGCAGAUUUGAAUCAAUUUGUAAAUACGGACCAUCAGGUGUGAGUUAUCAGAUGUUAGACAAGCAUGUUGGACAUUGUAAUCGGGGUACUAUAGACCCUGUUAACCUUAUAAAUGAUCCCACUACCAGGAGCUGUGAAUUUAACAGACCUACCUCAAGAAAGGGCAAAAAGAGGAGCCACAAAACCAAACACUUGGAAGAGACUGUACAGUCAAAAAUAUCCAGGAUACAUUGUUGCAAUGCCUGCGACAGAUUUGAUGAUCUGUUUGUUCGACGAAUUAAUCAGGAAAAGGAGGACCGAGAACUGGCACUUAAGUUACAAAGACAAUUUGAUAGAGAACGUCAAAAAGUGGACAGGCACAAGACAAGUCAUAACAAAUAUGUACUCCGGUCUUGGGCUACAAAAGAUGUGACGGUAGAACACAAUACACGCAGAUCAGAUAGACUAUCCAAAAGAAAUGAGCACUUUAACUGUAGUUAUUAAAGGGACCUACAUUUAUUGUAGUGUUUUAUUUUAGCAAUUAGUCACAAGUCACUCAAGUUUUCUUUAUUUUGGCAGAAAAUAGGCUGGAGAAUAUUGUAAUGCAAGAUAAUUAUGUACUUAUUUUACUUGUAAUCUAUCAGCUUUUCAUCCUAAGCAACUUGCAAUACAUCAGUAGAAACAUUCCACAAGGAGCAAAAUUUGGGUUAAGUGCCUUUGUUCAAGGGCACGUGUUGGUAAAGUACUCGAAAAAGAAUCCACUAAACUGAUUAAUUAAAGGAAUGUUCCGGUAUUAUGAAAAGGAGGGAUGAAUCAAAAUACAAAUUUUUUGAUAAUCAACAGUAUGCUACAAAUGCUGUUGAUUUAGCUUAACUUGUAUUGAACCCGGAACAUUCCUUUAAGGCCAAAACAUACUCUACGCAAGUAUGUGAAUGCAAGAUGCAAGCACAUGGCCACCACUUUGCCAGUGGUCGGUCUGGUUGAAUAUGCUUACAAAUCUCAGUACUCGAGGUGAUAGUUACCUACAAAUGCCUGUGCCAUUAAACUAGAUGUAUUGUCAUUAGGUCAUUUGCUAUACAUAUAUUGACUUAAGCUUACUUGCUCAGCAAUAUUCUCUUCAAACUGUUGCUUCACCAUCACAGUAGUUGAGUUGAAAGAGAAAACACAUGAUAGAAGUGGACAGUUCACUCUAAUUUCGCUAGAGCGUCCCAUAGCAACAUUGAGAAUGCAAGAUGCGCCUGCGUUCACGUACUUGCAUGGAUUAUGCUUCAGGCCUUCAUCGAAAAAGUAAUUACAUUAAUGACUUUCUAAAACACUUCACAGAAAACUUUUUCUUUCUUUUUUUUUUUUGCUCAAUGUAUUCAAAAUAAUGUCUCUUUCCUUCUUGUUCAUUAUUGCGUGCAAUUCAUGCACUCAACACAACACAUUUUACCCUUACAAUGACUUAUUAAGUGGUGUAUGCUUCAGCAGUCACAAACACAAAGAGAGGUGUAAGUGAACAUAAUUCAUGUUUUAAAUUCUACAUAAUACUAUUUUAUAAAUAUGUAAUUAAAGUAAGGUACUUAAAACAGUCUGGUCUCAUGAACAUUACGUGACUAUGGCAAAUUUUUGCUGAACAAAAUAACGUGCCUUUUCCCUGUGAAAUUUCCAGCGGGGGUGCCAAAAGCGAGUGAAUCGUUAUCAGACAAGGUUUUUAAGUUGAAUAGAAGAUGAAGGAUUUAAUGAGUAAAACAUACCUCCAAAAUGAACAAGAAUUAUAAAUGAAAAGCUCAAUUUCUGUAGAAACCAUGUCAUCUCAUUGCUUGUUUGUGUGCUAAAAAUAAGUGUUUACAAAGUCAUGAGGCAUUGUACUCAUGAUUUGUGUGAAAGUGAAUCAAGUGCACAGUUGUUGUAGCGCCUCUAGUGUUGAUUUCACCAGGAAACUGUGACGAAACAUAGAAUGCGGCAUGUAAAAGUCAGUUUGCAAAAAUCAAGAUUGUGCUCUCCGCAACCUUACCAUAGUGAUCUGGAUUUGAACCUGCAGUUUGUUUCUAUCCAGCUCUGUCAUCUAUGUCCAAACCCCAAAAAGAGAUGAAACUAGCUCUAGCUAUGUUGUCUGGGGAUUGAAAAUAUAAAGUAUAAAGAACUUUUGAAAGGCUCUUUAGCAUUUCAUUAUUUCAAGUAUGUUUAGUGUUUUGAGUCAGUAGUAGUACUCCUUGCAGUGUCUUUGUGCUCAUGACAAUUACUCCACAAGAAGUCUGUUUGCAUGUUUCAAAGAAUAUCAUAGGAAAAGAACAGAAUAUGUAGUGUACAAAAUGUAGCUUAACCCUUUUAGCUCAGACAUUGGAAAACGUAUUUCUUUAAGCAGCCACCUUACAUGAAUCUAAAACCGUUUCUUCAUAAAUAAUUCAUUGAGGUGGAAAAGAGUAAAAUUCCAGCCCAAGAUCAGAAAUAUACUUAUGCAAGAACACGAACACAGAUGUGAAUGCUUGGCCAAAAUGUUGCAAGCACACUGUCCCGUUGUACAUCAUAGAGGUGGUGUGUAAAUCUUUCAAUGUUAAAAUACAUUUAACCCCACCUAAAAUGCAGAGAGAACUGCAAGUAGCCGAGUCAUUCAUGUGUUGAUUGUUAUGAUAGUUCUGACUGAGAAAAGUGACAUCAGAAGAAGACAGUUUACACUAAUGCUCACUAAAACGGCCAUUACAUCAAUGCUGAGAGUACAAUGCAUAGUUGUGGUACAGAUUGGGCUCUGACACAUUUCAGAACACAACAGCAAGUAAAAUUCAGCUUGCAUAGCUAGAAGUGUUUGCGUUCACAUGCAUAUGUUGAGUAUUUUCCAGGCCUAUCUAAUAUGUUUUGUGUUAAGUAAAAUAACUAUUAAGUUUGUUCUGUUGAAACACUAAAAGACCCUAUGCGACAGUCAGUGUUAGUCCUGAUUUCUAAAUGCAAUUAGUUUUAUUUGCCAAUUUUUUUUUUUUAACUUUUGAAUUUUAAACCUUUAUUUGUUUUUCCUACAACCAGGAACACUUAUCCAUAUAAUUUAGAUAUCAUAGCUGUGUCUAAAUAUUACUGAAUUGUGAUUCAAGACAGUUUGAGAGGAUGCAAAUAAAUGCAUUUGGACACUUCUGUAAAAGCUUUGCAUGUAACACCAGCUUUAUUUGACAACAAGCAAAACAAAUUGGUUAAUUUUCUCUAGGAUUUUUUUUUUCUGUUAUAUUCAUUUCGAACCAGUUUGAGAGUUUCUCAAUUUUUCGUUUUUCAGCUUGAUGUUCACCCACUGUGUGAGUCUACUCUGAAGGGCUGCUUUUUUCAACUUUCUUAAGCAUUGUUUACUAAAGAGAUCUAUUUUGUGACUUGUGUCUGCCAAGCAAGGUUUAAUCAUGUUACUUUUGAUGAAAAAUGACACAUUCACAUGGACCAUGUACAUGCACGUACAUUUAAUCUUGCUUUUCACCUUGAUUUUAUUUUCAUUUAGACAGGUCAUUGUUUGUAAUGUGCCAAAUUGGCUGGUUUCUGCAAAUCGACUAAUAUAUAUAUAUAUAUAUAUAUAUAUAUAUAUAUAUAUAUAUAUAGAUAUAUAUAUAUUACAGGUUGAUUUCAUGUUCUAUACAAAUUUUCAGUAGACUACAAGAUGUACUAUUGUAAAGUACAAAAAAAAUAAUGUUUGCAUUACUGUACUAUUUUGGAAAUAUGACUCUCCUAUAUUGACAUUGAUGCAAAUACGUUAUUGGGGAUUUGAUUUUUGUGACUGCCAUUUUUGACUGGCUUUUAAAGCCCUUGGACUGUCUUCCAUUGUUGAAAGGUAUGUGCUGGGUUUGAAAGAGAAUGUUGUGUUAUUUUGAAAAUAUAAACUCUGUGCAAGUGUAAAGCACAUAUAUUUAUUGGAAUGGUACUUUGUGAUUAUGUCAUUUUAAAAAUAUGGCAUUUCUAAAACAUAGGAUUGUCUGCUUUCAAUCAACAAAAAACUGUGCAUACAUUAUCUAUAACUGGCAUUAAAGUAAUGAAAUAAUGUAGCAUUCACUUUAAAGUUGAUUUUUGCCUUUUUAUUAAGUAUUUAAAACAGUUACUUUGUAUUUGAUACAUCUCAUUAGAUGCUCAGGAUGAAAAUGUGUUUCUGUUGUUUAAGUGAAAUGCCUUUCUCUCUUUUGACAGUCUAUUCAAUACUACUCAUGAUGAGCCCUAUUCUUUAUCAUUUUUAUAACUUGACAAUUCAUAUUUGCCAAUCCCUCUUUGCAUUUUUUUUUUGUUUAACUUGAAGGAAUUCACUGAAGAAAAUUAAGAUAAAAAAGUUGUAUCCAAUUAAUAAAACAAAAUAAA